CUGAUGACUGGAGCCCCGGUGAUAUCGGUGGCCCCGCCCCGUCUGACAAACCGGAGAGACCAGGACGGGGGUCAGUGGUCACCGGGCCGGCAGGGGACCGGAGGAAGGCCGCUCCUGGACGGGGAGGCCUCAGAGUGACGGGCCGGACAUGCCGAGCGUGGCUGGAUAUGGAAUACAAUGACAAGCUGGCCAGGUUCCGUCAGGGUCAUCUCAACCCAUUCAAUAAACCAAGAGAGGAGGAGCGUCCCCGGGAGGACGGUGAACAGGAGUCUUCCAAGGACUCUCCGCCAGGAUCCCCUCUGCGUGUGCCAGAAUUCCCUGAGCGAGCGAUGGAUUUGGGUGUUUCAGAAGACCACUUCUCCCGGCCGGUGGGCCUCUUUCUGGCGUCCGACAUCCAGCAGUUAAGACAGGCGAUUGAGGAGUGCAAGCAGGUGAUCCUCGAGCUGCCCGAGCAGUCGGACAAGCAGAAGGACGCAGUGGUGAGACUCAUUCAUCUCCGACUCAAGCUGCAGGAGCUGAAGGACCCACACGAGGAUGAGCCUAAUAUGCGGAUUAUAUUAGAACAUCGAUUCUACAAGGAGAAGAGUAAAAGCGUGAAACAAGUGUGUGAUAAGUGCAGCACGUUUAUCUGGGGCUUGAUCCAGACAUGGUAUACGUGCACAGGUUGUUACUAUCGUUGUCACAGCAAAUGUCUGAACCUUAUUACUAAACCCUGCGUGAGGUCGAAGGUCAGUCAUCAGUCCGAGUACGAGUUAACCAUUUGCCCAGAGGCUGGACUGGACAGUCAGGAUUAUCGCUGCGCCGAGUGCAGGGCACCCAUCUCAUUGCGAGCUGUCCCCAGCGAGGCCCGGCAGUGUGAUUACACUGGGCAAUACUACUGCAGCAAUUGCCACUGGAAUGAUCUUGCUGUCAUACCAGCCCGGGUUAUUCAUAACUGGGACUUCGAACCACGCAAGGUGUCUCGCUGCAGUAUGCGGUAUCUUGCCCUGAUGCUGGGCCGUCCGGUGCUGAAGCUGCGGGAAAUUAACCCUUUGCUGUUUAACUAUGUGGAAGAGCUGGUAGAGAUUCGGAAGUUACGUCAGGAUAUCCUCCUCAUGAAGCCAUACUUUAUCACAUGCAAAGAAGCAAUGGAGGCCCGAUUGCUGCUGCAGCUCCAGGAUCGUCAGCACUUUGUGGAGAACGAUGACAUGUACUCCCUGCAGGAUCUUCUAGAUGUUAGCAGUGGACGGCUGGGGGCCUCCCUCACUGACGUACACACCAUGUUUGCCAAGCACAUUAAACUGGACUGUGAGCGCUGCCAGGCUAAAGGCUUUGUGUGUGAACUGUGCAAGGAAGGAGACAUUUUAUUUCCAUUUGAUAGCCACACAUCUGUGUGCCAGGAGUGUGCCGCUGUGUUUCACAGGGACUGCUAUUAUGAUAAUUCAACAAGCUGCCCCCGCUGUAUGCGGCUAAAUCUCCGGAAACAGGCACAAGAGCCAUCAGAGGGCACGUGGCAGCAGUGAGGAAGAGACCCCACACAUGGCACUACUUUGUACAGGGAGAGAGACACUUGUAUGGUGCUGGGAGACAGCGAUGGCACCCACUGUGCCCGGUGGGAGACCGUGGAAUGAACCUUUUAAAGAACUUCUGAGGAACCUGAGUCUUUGAGACGUUCCAGACGAAUAGACGCCCACCAUUCCGGCAGAGACCUUACCUCUCUACAAGAGACUAUUCCUCGUAUGUAGAUCUCAUGUGGUGCCUUACUGCCGCAUUAUACGUGGUGAUCUAGUACUGAUUUUUUGGGGGGUGGGGGUUGAUAAAUAAGACUCAGUCCUCUCAAUUGCAGGCACUGCCAUGGAGAACAUCAUUGGAAGCAGGUUUAGUACUAUUCUGCAGGCCUCCCGUACCUUAUGUAUAUAGAAUGUACUGUCUCUGGCAUCUCUAAUUGGUAAAACGCUAUAGCAAUAUUCAGUACCUCACAGCGUCUCUUCCCUCUAAGGUGUUGAGCUAUAUUUACCCAUUUUCAAGCUUGCCCUAUGGGUUUGCAUAGGUUAGAGAAGGUUAUUGCACAUGGAACGUAGCUUUUCAGACCCCUAGAGCCUGACGUCCACUAAUGUUUGGAUCAUCAUUGCUGGGAGGGAAAGGCAUAAGGACGUGCAAUAGAUGUCGAGAGAUGCUGACCCUGUACAGCUUCAUUGGCCAACCUGCGGCUCUCCAGCUGUUGUAAAACUACAAUUCCCAGCUGUAGGCUGUCUGGGCAUGCUGGGAGUUGUAGUUUCACAACAGCUGGAGAGCCAUAGGGAGUAUAGCGCUAUCUGAGCAGGGGGCCGGCUGUUAUAUUUGGAAUAUGGACGCUGGUGGAUGAUGACCGUCUGAAUGAAGCCUGACUCUUGGCCUUAUCAUGGCGAGCAUUAGACACCCGUUCUAUUCUGCAUUAUUUGAAACCACUCAAUCGUUGAAAAUAAGUGAAACCCAUACAUAACGGAGGGUGCCAGAGUGCAGCUACUAUUUAUUAAGAGAAUUAUUGCUGUUAUUUAUCCCCUUGUACAUUAAAGGUGAUUUUGUGAAUAAAAUUAACGCUAUUCAUUA